AUGUAUUUGUUUAGAUUUCUUGGUUUUGAUUUUAAAUUAUUGGACCGCUUAGCAAAUUACCGAAAGUUUUAUUCCUUUUCAGUUAUACACCCUUUAAAUUCCAACAAUAUUGUAAAUUAUAAUGGAUUCAGCAAACGUUCCAUGUCUUCAUUGUCUGAGAAUACUGAUUCCACAUCAGUUAGUGACACGUACUAUAAAACGCCUACAAGUCAAAGAGUUUUUUCUGACAUUUCAAUAAUGGAUUCAUUAUCACCUAGGGAGUUCAGAAUAUUUUUAAGUGAUGUGGUCAAGUCAAAGGUUGAUGAUGUUUUACUUUGGUCCAAAGCCGCAAAUUAUUGCAUAGAAAAUGCCUCCAAAUUUAAGUUUUUUGAUGCCCUUUCAGUUUUAGAAUCAUUCACUGAAGCCAAAAUCUACGACAAAGGACUUUUUACAGAGUUUUCUAGGCAUCUCACGAUCCAAUCUCCCAUGAUGGAACCCCGUCAUUUGAUUCAGUGCAUAAGUGUAUACGCUUCAUCAGGCUCGUUUCCUCAAUCAUUAUUCUUAGAAGUUUUCUAUGGAAUAAUUAAACAGUCUGAGAAGAUGUAUGCAUCUGAAUUUGUGGAUAUGUUUAAUUGCCUUUCUAGGUGGAACAUUAAAAACAAGCAAGUUUUAUCAGCCCUUUGUAAAACUCUCGCAAAGAAUGUUAGUAUUUUGAGAUACAGUGAACUUACACAAAUAGCGGCAUCGUGCAGAAAUUUGGAUGUCGAAGAUGAGGCCUUUUAUUUCAUUUUAGACUCUUGGCAAAGCAAAGAAUUAGCCAUGAUGACUAUUCAGGAAAUGCUGGAUUGUUUGAAGAAGCUUAAGAACAUUGAAGUUAAGUGGGCACAGUACGAGCAACUCCUAUUCAAAGAAUUUGUCAAGCAAGUAAAUGAAUUGGAUGGUGAUGAUAUUUCCCAGUUGGCAAAUCCAUUUGAUUGCCUUGAGUUCUUGAAAUCAAUAGGAUCACUCUCAAAGGAAUUCCUACUUUCACUAACAAAAUGGUGCGCGGACGCAGUACAUAACCCUCCAGCAAGGUCACAAAAAAGACCUCUGAGUCAUCAAUUAGUCCAACUCUAUAACUUGGUUCAGGAGUAUGGGAUAGAAGAAAAGUAUAUUGACAGAGCAGUACUUAAAUUUGUAACAUCGAAAGGAGGACUAAGGUUAAGAAACCCUAAACCCAUUCCAACAGCCUACAAACCUAACAGAAAAUAUAUAUUUACAGAUGACCCAGAGAAUCCCAGACCGGUUCCAGAGAUUAAAUAUUUAGAGAAUGAUUCCACACAAGAAUCAGUAAAAUCGCAACACAUUAAUAAAAUUGUUGAAGAAUUGGAACCAUAUCCAAAAUUUUUUGAUAGUAUUAAAAUUAAGAAGCCUUCCACACAGAGUUGUGGUAAGGCAUCUUUUAGACUAAAACCAAAAACAUAUCGCCAUAAAAACCUACCAGUCAAACAAUAA